AUGGUAAUAUUUAUGAUAAUAAAUAAGGCAUGUAAAAUGAAUAAAUAUCUCAUAAUCAGUAUUAAUCUCCAUAGAAAAAAGAGGACAUUUCUAUUAUAAAUCAUAAAUAAAUAUUAUCAAAUAAAAAUAUAUCAUUAAAUUUGCCUGGAAAUCAAAGUACAGAAGCAUGCAAAAACAUUUUACAAGAAGAUUUUAUUUUCAAGAGAUUAGAAAAUUAAAAUAGUAAUUAUAUUGAUGAAACAAUUAAGUAAGAGACGAAAUCAUAUGAUAGUCCUCUACUAAAUUUUAAUUAUAAGUAAUAAGACAAUGAUGAAAGUAAAUAAUUAUUUGAAAGUAAGGGAGAUAAUAAAAUUCAAGAACUCUAAUUAGUAGAAUAGAACAAAAUCAAAAUUUAAAAGUAAGCUUAACACUUUAAAUUGA